AUUAAUAAAGCGAAGAGGGUGUUACUGUUCAUCUUUGGGGAAACUUUCGAACUUCCCAUUUUGCCCUUGAUAUUGCCCAUGAUUUACAGAGAAAAUAGAAACUUAGAAAGAGACGGAUGGUUCUGGGGUUUGCCGACACAGAGGAAAAGAGAGGAGACGUGGCUAGGGAUGGUUUAGUUUCGCUCUGAUAGAGAGACAGAUGGUUUCAUUUCCAUACAGUGAUAGACAGAGAGAGAGGGGAGAAGAGCUUAGGCGACGGAGCGGAAGAAGGAUGCGAUUUCCAAUCUGAAACUGAAAGAGACGACUGAUUCGAGAGAGAGAGAGAUCGAUUACACCGCUUUCAUCUUUCGCUUCUGUGUUUCUUCGCUCCAUAGAGAUAGAGAGAGAGAGAGAGAGAGAGCGAAGAAAGGAAGAAGGAAAAGAAGAAGACAUUUGGGAGAAGACAGAAAAGAGAAGUUCUAGGUGAUAGCUGAGAGAGUGAUUUAGAAUAGAAAAGAGAGCAGCAGGCGAAGGAACAGUGAUUUUGGGUGAUGUCACAUCGAUCUCCCAGUUUUGGUAGUUGAUCGAUAGACACAGAGAGAGGGUUCAAUCGAUAGACUAAAGGAGAGAGGGGUAGAGUACCAGUUUGAUCAUAGAAAUGGAAAGAGGCUUUAUCACCUGCUCGGGACAUCAACUUGAAGCUUGAACAGGCAAUCUGGAGCAGGAAGCAAGGUGAUAUGACAACACCAGCUUAAACUAAGCAACAGCAACAUGUGAAGAUUAUAGAAGAAAGCAUGGAAAAUCAUCAUAUUGCUUGCAGCAUGGUAAAUCAUCAAAGAGAGGGGCAACAAUUUUUAACUUCUUCACAAUGAGCGAAUGGAAAACAUAGAGCUAGCAAAUGAAGUGGAAUCAAUCACCGGUGCUUUGCGACAAGAUCAGGCUUAUGACCAAAGUAUACCACCUCCUAAAAGAGUGAGUCGAAAAGCACAAUGGCAGGCUUCAAUGAGUUCAAAAGAACGAGAUAAUUAUUUGACACGACGACGGGCCAAUUAUCAUUGUCAUCGCGAACAGACAUCAAAUUGUGAAGAUAAUAUCCAUGUUCGAAAGAGAGUGCAUUUAAGCCAUAUAUGGCAGAUGAGUGAUAGCGGAGCUAAUCAGAACGCUACGAACGCUACAAACAGCGAUGAUGACGUAGCAGUCAAUGAAGGAACCUCUGAAAAUGUCGUUCCUCAAAAUGACAGAUCUUAUAAUAGCGGGGUUGCGCAAGUAUGUCGUAGACAGAGACGACGCAAACCUCAUAAUUGUGCCCGAAAUUUUCAUGAAAAUAUUGGAAUAAAAAAGUAUCAUUUGCCACCACCAAAAACAUGUCCAUAUUGUCAUGCCCGUCUGUUUCAUCAUGAAACCAAAGAUAUGUGUUGCUUAAAUGGGAAAACUGUCAUUCCUCCAAUUCAAUCUCCUCCAGAAAUGGUUGAGUUAUUUUCUGCUGAAACUCCACAAGGUGCCCAUUUUAGACAAAAUAUUCGUGCUUAUAACCAUGUGUUUUCGUUUACAUCAAUGGGUGUGCACAUCGAUCAAAGUUUAGCGACUGGUGGUAGUACUUUCACGUUUCGUGCUCAAGGAUCCAUAUAUCAUAAGAUAGGAAGUCUUCUACCAGAUGAAGAUAACAGACCAAGAUUUCUACAAUUGUAUAUAUACGACACAGAUCAUGAAGUAGACAAUCGUAUGUUAGAGAAUGAAGCAUUGCAUAGAGAUGUGGUUGAAAACAUACAACAAAUCUUAAACCGACAUAAUCCAUUUGUGCACGUAUUUCAUCAUCUAGCUCGAUGCCAAGAUUUGGAAACUUGCAAACUCAUCAUUAGAGAGCAACCUGCAAACCAACUUCAAUAUAGUUUGCCCUCAGAGUCUCAAGUUACUGCAAUAAUAGUGGGUGUAGAUGAUGUAGAAAAUCUGAAAGGUCGUGAUAUAAUGGUACAAACAAGGCAAGGUCAACUUUUAAAUGUCCAAGAUUGUGCAGGCUAUUAUGAUCCUUUACAAUAUCCAUUGUUGUUACCUUAUGGCACAUAUGGAUGGGAUGUGAAUAGUCGGAAUAAUAAUGGUCAAAAAUUGACGUGUCGUGACUAUUAUGCAUAUAUUUUGCAGAUUCGUCCACAUGAUGAAUCGAUUUUACUUCGAGGAGGCCGCCUGUUGCAACAAUAUGUCGUCGAUAAUUAUGUCAAAAUCGAAGCACAAAAACUGAGAUGGAUUCGUAAUAAUCAAAACACCCUGCGACGUGAACUUUAUGAUGGACUCCAUGAUUCACUGAAUGCCGGUGAAAACAAUGCAGGUACUUUAUUAUUAUUAUAUAACAGUAAAACUUUCUGUUAA